UUUAAACCAUGUUGGCAAUUUUCUGGGAAGAUACCUCUGUUUAUUACUUCAUCUCUACUGUCUUUGCCAUUAUCUGCUUAACACUGACAUGUCUUUGGAAUGGGAAAAACAUCAUCCCCUGUUCACCUCCAACCAAUGAGGAGCAAAAAAUUGAAGAAAUUCAAUUUCUGAGCUCAAGAAAACCACUACAAUUGGCCAAACAAUUGGAAGAAAAACUUCCUGAAGAAGUGAAACUCUUGGAAAAACAGGUUGAAAGUGAACAAAUGGAAGCUAUCUACAAGCUGAUGCAAAAGCAUAGUGCCCAGUUUGGAGAUACCACUAUGGACGACAUGAAAAAUCAAAUGCAGCUGUAUGGUUUCUAAGUUACUUCAAAAAAUAAGCUCUACAUCUGGCAUCUACAAACAUGUUGGCCUUCAUUUUCUAUUAUUUGCCCAAAUUGCACUGAAAAAUCGCUACAAACUAGCCAUCGUAUCUACUCCAUCUUCUAAUAAUGUUUCGAUACUUUUCUAAUUUCAACCGAAACGCUUGUUGUGUUUCAUCCGACUUCCUAAAUCUACUGCAAUAUUAAAUUGAUACCCAAAAA